GAGCUAGCCCAGCAACUCUUGUCUGGCCAUACAUUAAGAGCAUUCAUUUGGGUCAAUCUCUAAAGGGAUAACACAAGCUAGCUUUGGAAAAAUGUUGAGUCUCUCUUUCUAUCUACUUCUUUUACUAAACCUAGCUGCUGCUUUAGCUCUAGGCGCUGAUAAAUACAGCAGAGAUGACUUCCCACCCGACUUUGUUUUUGGUUCUGGGACCUCAGCUUACCAGGUUGAAGGUGCAGCAAGCCAAGAUGGAAGGACACCUUCCAUAUGGGAUACCUUCGCCCAUGCUGGGAAAAUGGCUGGAGCCACUGGUGACAUAGCAUGUGAUCAGUAUCACAAAUACAAGGAGGAUGUCCAACUCAUGGUGGAUAUAGGCUUAGAGGCCUACAGAUUUUCCAUCUCAUGGUCAAGACUUAUUCCAAACGGAAGAGGAAGUGUCAAUCCAAAGGGUUUACAGUAUUACAACAAUCUUAUCAAUGAACUAAUCAGCAACGGAAUCCAACCGCAUAUCACAUUACACCACAGCGAUCUUCCGCAGGCACUGGAAGACGAGUAUGGAGGAUGGGUCAGCAGAAAAAUUGUGAAAGACUUCACGGCAUAUGCAGAUCUGUGUUUCAGGAAGUUUGGUGACAGGGUUUCUCAUUGGACCACCCUAAAUGAGGCCAACGUUUUCGUGCUUGGAGGCUACGAUGGGGGUUAUCUGCCACCUCAGCGUUGUUCUUCUCCUUUUGGGUUUAACUGCACUAAAGGCAACUCCACAACUGAGCCAUAUUUGGCAACUCACCAUAUCUUGUUGGCACAUGCAUCAGCUGCUAGAUUGUACAAGGAAAAGUACCAGGACAAGCAGAAUGGAUUUAUAGGAAUCAACCUCUACGCUUUUGGGGCUAUUCCUCUAACAAACACAACUAAAGAUGCAAUUGCUACGCAAAGGGCCAAUGACUUCCUGAUUGGUUGGUAUAUGGAUCCCUUAGUGUACGGAGAAUAUCCCCAUGUCAUGAAAAAGAAUGUAGGAUCAAGACUUCCAUCCUUCACAGAUUUUGAAUCUAAUCAGGUUAAAGGUUCAUUUGAUUUCCUAGGACUAAAUUACUACGUCACAGUUCACAUCAAGGAUGGCUCUGAAAAACUUGAGAUGGAGGUCAGAAACUUUGAUGCAGACAUGGCAAUAGAAUUUGCUGUUACUCAAGAUGAUCCAUCUGAAUUUGAGUUUCCAAUUACACCUUCGAGUUUGCAAGGACUGUUGGAGUAUUUCAAGCAAGUGUAUGGGAAUCCUCCUAUUUACAUUCAUGAGAAUGGACAACGAACACCACGCAAUUCAUCAUUGGAAGACUGGCAUAGAGUGAAAUACAUGAAAGGAUAUAUUGGGGGUUUGCUUGAUGCACUUCGGAAUGGAUCCAAUGUGAGGGGUUAUUUUGCAUGGUCUUUCUUGGAUUUACUGGAGCUGUUGGAUGGCUAUCAAUCGAGCUUUGGUCUUUACUACAUAGAUCUGGAUGACCCGGAUAUAAGAAGACAGCCAAAGCUCUCUGCUCAUUGGUACUCACAUUUCUUGAAGAGAAAAGGCUUUAACUCAGAUGGGUUUAUAGAGCUUGAGAAGAAUUUAUCAGCACUUUCUUAUACCUAAUUCAUCCAAUAGAUUUUUCCUUGUCUGUUGCACA